UGUUUUUUAUAUGGUUUAUGGUAGUUUUAUUUUAUUGCUGCCGAUAGAAGCUUUUGUGCCAUUACUGACAUUUCCAAGAACAGCUCCCACCAGAAUACAGUGGAUUUCUGGUAUUGGUAUACCUUUGGAUAACUUAAAAUUUGAAGCCAUGACCACUGGCUAUGUGCUUAAGGCGGAAUAUUUUCUACCCGAAAACGUCACCCAAUUAAAAAUAAGAACUGUAAUGCCUUUUCAAAGACGUAAUUUCCUGACAUCAACGGAAGAAUUACCUCAACAAACUAGAGAAGAGUUCUUAAACAAUAAUAAGAAAGUUAUACUCAGCAGUUAUAGAUGGUCGAUUUACAAGGGCUUAGAAGGUUUGGCUGAUCGCAUGGGACUUUCUGGAAGAGAUUGUGUUUUGAAAAGUAUUUGUGAGGCUGCCGAAACCCCAUUUCAUUAUUAUAAUGGCUUAAUAUCAGAGCUACUGCAUAUUUUAUUAACACCCUCUUCUUCAGCCGACAAAUUAUCGACUCACUCGGAUAAUGAGUAUUAUCAUGCUGAACAUAUGGGCCGCUCUGGGGCCAAUUGCCAAAGAGUUUUUAAGGCUUGUUCGCGUUCUCUAUUAGAUCACUUUUCUAAUAUACAUCAUUUAACGGAGGAUGUUAUGAGGAUUAUGGGUAGCUGA